AUGGAGAAAUUCGAAAACAUAUUUUUAGGCAUCAUUCCAGAUAUUUGUGAUUAUUUAUGUGAAGUGAAAACCUUACAGAAGUCUGAACUGGAUUUCAUAGUUACUGCACCAGCAAGACCCAUCGAGAAUGAAAAGUUCAAAGAACAUCUUGAUGUUCUUUACUCCAAGAUAAAAACCUGUUUUCUUGGUGAAAGUGGAAGUAGAGAAUUUAAAGACGAAACUUCACCAGAAAAUUUUUCCAUGUCUGAAAAAACAUAUGAAGAACAAGAUGAAAAAAUAUCGUAUUCAGUGGAUGACAAGUCUCAUGAGAAUACUGUUCAAAUAAGAGCUAGUAAGAGUGAAAUAGACAGAAGAAUUGAAUCAUACAUGAACCAAAAACAGGUUGAAGUCAAUGAAUUUAAUAAAAGAGAAUUUAGUUUUGGCAGUGGACUAACUACAGACAAUUGGAGUUGUGCUAGAACUGAUUCAGUAUUUAUUCCAAGAGCUGGUUCUAGAAGUCACAUUAAAAUAACUAAAGUUGUAAAUUCAUUUGGACCACAGACACAGCUCUUGAGCACCAAUCAAGAUGAAAUUUGUACUGAACCAUCCAAGAAACAGGGACAAGAUGUAUCGGGCAUGGAGGAAAGACUUAAAAAUAUUGAAACUCACUCCCAUGUCAAUAAUGAAUCCAAAGACUUAUGUGCUAGAUUAAAGGCAUUAGAGAAUAGAAUUUUAUUUUUAGAAGGCCUUUCACCAGAAUACUUUAAUCAAAUACCAGCUAGAAAAUAUGUUAAACGAUCUCAUGAACCAAAAAUCAAUCAAAUUAGUAGUGAACCAAGCAUCUCAUUGACAGAUAUAGAUUCUCAGAUAAAAAUCUUAAGAGAAUCAUUACUUAAUAAAUAGUACCGGUAUGUACUUUAUGUAUAGGUCUAUUUAUAUUAUAAUGUCGGUUUUUGCAUUGAUGAUUUAUGAAAUAACAUUUUGAAGAAUGGUGUCUUCAAAACUUAUAACUGACUUACAAGAUGGAAAGUGUUUAGUGGUGGUUCAAGAGAAAUUUGACUUGAAUAAAAUGGUGAUGCUGUCAGAUUCAGAAUAUUGCAGCAAAUAUCUUACUAGUUAUCAAAGUUUUUGUCUAUGCACUUGGCUUGUGGAAUAUCUUAGAAUCUACUUAAAUUUGUUUCCAAUAUGGUUAAAGAUUUGUUCUCUCAAGUUUUGUUAGGUUAUCUAGUAGUGUAACCUUAAAAUUUAUUUUUAAUUAAAAGUAUGGUAGUUCUUAUGACCUUGAAAAAUAAAUUUACAGACAGAAAGUGAUCAAUAAGUUCACUAUAAAUAAAAUAAAAAAAAUCCAUAAAUGUG